GCGGGCGAGGUGGCAGUAGCCAGGGUUGGAUUUGUACAAGCGCCAGCAGCGAGCGAGCCGUGCACCUCGCUGGCACUUUCGUUCCGACCGCGCGGCCCGAAGGAAGUGCUUGAUGGCGGCAAUCGAUCUGUCCUCGUUCAAGUACGUCGCGAUCGCGGUGGGCGUUGCCAUCGCCCUCCUCGCCUUCGCAAACUGGGCCUACUAUAAGUAUUGCUUUGUCCCGCCGCCACCACCGGAUCCGCUCCGGAAUGGCCAGUUUCUCUCGUUCAUGCCAGGCCUCAAGCGCCAAGACCUUGACGGAUUCCAACACGACGUGGAAUUGUGGUCGUGCUCCGUGUGCGAGUUUCAAAACGCGAUCACGAAACCUGACUGUUUGCUUUGCGGCACUCGUCGUGACAUUCGAUUCAUUGACAUCCAUGCCGUGGCACAGCCCAAACCAGCAACCUUCGCUCGUUCGUUCAGCAGCAACUACAUCCAGGUGACGAGUACGCGCGCGUCGUCGUCCUUUCACGCCACGGCAUCGCGCAUGUACUCGAUGGCGUUCGAGAACGUCGUGUUGCCAGAGGAUUUGAAUUCGCAGCAGCGCAGCGCUCGCAUGCGCAAGCAGUGGAUUCGUCAGUUGGAUAUCCAUGGCGUCGUUCGAUGGGCGCGGCGGUUCCUGGAAUCGGCGCAAGUCCCCGAUGCCCACGUCAUUCAGCUCAACACCGUGCCGAUGCCUUCCGCCUUGGGCAGCUUGUCCCCUGUCGCCGAGUCGCCGCACACGACCCCACCAUCGCCUGCCGCAUGCCCCAGUCCUGAAGACCAAAAGGAUGCGCCAGCCCAGACCUGCCAAGUGACGUGGCAGCCUCUCGACUCGAUCCCGGCCAACGCCACCGUUCUCGGGACGAUGGUUCCGUCCGCUACAGCGACAUCGUUGUUGGAGAUCUCGAAAUUGCCGUUUUACAUGAAGUAUUCGUGGUUCCUCCAUCAAAUCGACGACCUCGUCGUGCCGUACGACGAGCUUCACAUCAAAGUCCGCGUCGACCGCCGGACCGUUGUCGCCGAAGCCGUUGAAAACCUGUCGAGCUACCCCGGGCGUGCCUUGUGUGCCAUCGUUCGGUACGAGUUUGCGGGGGAAUCCGCUCAAGAUGCCGGCGCCGUCCAGCGAGAAUGGUACAUGCUGGUGUCUGAGGGGCUCUUAGUCGAGUCGAACGGGCUCUUUGUCGUGCUCAAUCGCGAAGACAAUUCCUACUUCAUCAAUCCCAACUCGAGCCAUGCUUGGACACACCCCAACCGCAUGGACCACCUGCAGGCGUUCCAUGCCGUCGGGCGAUUUCUUGGCCGGUCGCUCCUCGAUGGUCAAGUCAUUCCCAUGCACUUGAACCCCGUCCUCCUCAAGGCUAUCUUGGGGGUCCCGCUCACGCUGGACGACGUCGAAAGCCUCGAUCGGACCGUGUACAAGGGGCUCGUGUACUUGCUCGAACAUGACAAUGCCCACGAGUUGGCGCUUACGUUUUCUGCGACGGAAACCCGCGGCGACGACGUGGUCGAAGUCGAUUUGGUCGAAAAUGGCCACUUGCGACCUGUCACGGACGCCAACAAGGCAGACUACGUGCGUUUGAUGGUGCGGUAUUUGAUGUUUGGCCGCAUCGAGGCGCAGUUGCUGGCGUUGAUUCAAGGCGUGUACGAUAUUGUACCCCCCGAGCUCGUCAUGCCGUUCGACCACAAGGAGGUGAUGAUGAUGCCGCCCAUCUCUCACACCCAUGCAACGUGUCCCAUGGAGCGUAGUUUGAGCUGAUCUUGUGCGGCUUGUCUCAAGUCGAUGUUUCAGACUGGAAGGCCAACACAGUCACGUCGUCCAACUUGGUUAACUCGAAGCCCCUCGAGUGGUUUUGGGAAGUUGUGGAAGGCAUGUCGCCGCCAGAUCGGUCCAAGCUGCUCCAGUUUGCGACUGGAUCGUCCCGCGUGCCGGUGCAGGGGUUCAAGGGUAAACGAGAGUCGCACGACCAAGUGGUCGUCAUGGCGUGUGUGUUGAGUAGGGCUGACCAGCUACGACGGGGAAAUCUGCCAUUUUACCCUCAAGGGCGUGCCGUACGAGUGCGGCGUGUACCCGGCAACCCACGCGUGCUACAAUCGAAUUGACUUGCCACUGUACCCAGCCAAAGAGAUGAUGGUCGAAGCGUUGACGAUGCUGCUGAUGUCGGAUCCGACCGGGUUCACGAUUGCUUAAGUCGAAUGAAUCCAUCUAUUUAUUCGCA